AUGGCGGGCCGGGUCUUUCCGCUGCUGCUGCUGUGUUUUUUCUCGCUUUUUUUGCUGCCAGCAGCAGCAGAAGACUUAAUUAUCAACGGAGAGCUGGAGUUUGUGGGGGGUCGGCCCUCGCAGCUGCCCCCGGGCUCGGUCUACCUGGUGGAGCUGAGCUUCCUGGUGAUGGACGCGCCCCGCGUGGCCCUCAGCAGCUUCCAAGACAGUGCAGAAAAGCUCAACGAGGGAAAGCCCCUCAACUUCCAACUGCGGCUGCCAGCAGCAGAGAGAAGCAGCAGCAGGGGGCGCCACUUGGCGGUCUCGGCGGUGGUCAACGUGGGCUGGAGCAGCAGCAGCAGCAGCAGCAGCAGCAGCAGCAGCAGCAGCAGCAGCGAGUGGAUCCGCAGAGGCGACUACAAAAACGUCUACAUGAACCUUUUGGAAGUUCCCACGGACAAGAAUACCAUUGAUGGUCUCAAAGUCCUAAUCGAGCAGUACAAAUGA